AGCGGAGGGCUGUGCGCUGAGCCGCGACGGGCGGGAGCCGGCGGGGGCGCGAGGCGAGCGCAGCUGCAGCCUAAGCGGCGGAGCGCGCGGAGCGGGCGGAGCGAGCGCCCAGGGCUGAGCGCGGGCGGAGCGGGGCUGGAGCAGGCGCGCAGCGGCGGCCGCCCCGGGGGAUGCGGCUGCCUCCCCGGGCUGGCGUGUAGGGAGGGCGGGUCCCCGGCCUCGGCGGCGCGGCGGUGGAGGGGACCGAUACUGCGACCAUGGCGACCCCCGGCAACCUGGGGUCCUCCGUCCUGGCGAGCAAGACCAAGACGAAGAAGAAGCACUUCGUGGCUCAGAAAGUGAAGCUGUUCCGGGCCAGCGACCCGCUGCUCAGCGUGCUCAUGUGGGGGGUCAACCAUUCGAUCAAUGAACUGAGCCACGUUCAAAUCCCUGUCAUGUUGAUGCCUGAUGACUUCAAAGCCUACUCAAAGAUAAAGGUUGACAACCACCUUUUUAACAAGGAAAACAUGCCGAGCCAUUUCAAGUUUAAGGAAUACUGCCCAAUGGUCUUCCGGAAUCUGCGGGAGAGGUUUGGAAUCGACGACCAAGAUUUCCAGAAUUCCUUGACCAGAAGUGCACCCCUUCCCAAUGACUCCCAGGCUCGCAGCGGGGCUCGGUUUCACACGUCUUACGAUAAAAGAUACGUCAUCAAGACCAUUACCAGUGAGGACGUGGCAGAGAUGCACAACAUCCUGAAGAAGUACCACCAGUAUAUAGUGGAAUGUCACGGGGUCACACUUCUUCCUCAGUUCUUGGGAAUGUACCGGCUUAAUGUCGAUGGAGUGGAAAUAUAUGUGAUUGUUACAAGGAACGUGUUCAGCCACCGGCUAUCUGUAUAUAGGAAAUACGACUUAAAGGGCUCGACAGUGGCUAGAGAAGCUAGUGAUAAAGAAAAGGCCAAAGAGCUGCCAACUUUAAAGGAUAAUGACUUCAUCAAUGAGGGCCAAAAGAUCUAUAUUGAUGACAACAACAAAAAGAUAUUCCUAGAAAAACUGAAAAAGGAUGUCGAGUUCCUUGCACAGUUAAAACUCAUGGACUACAGCCUCCUGGUGGGGAUUCACGAUGUGGAGCGAGCAGAGCAGGAGGAGGUGGAGUGUGAGGAGAACGAUGGGGAAGAAGAAGGAGAGAGUGACAGCACCCACCCGAUCGGGACACCACCAGACAGUCCCGGAAAUACACUCAACAGCUCACCACCCUUGGCUCCUGGAGAGUUUGAUCCGAACAUUGAUGUUUAUGCAAUUAAAUGCCAUGAGAAUGCGCCUAGAAAAGAGGUAUACUUCAUGGCGAUUAUUGACAUCCUUACUCAUUACGAUGCAAAAAAGAAAGCUGCCCACGCUGCAAAAACUGUUAAACAUGGCGCUGGAGCUGAGAUCUCGACUGUGAACCCAGAGCAGUAUUCCAAGCGCUUUUUGGACUUUAUUGGGCACAUCUUGUAACCUUCUGCACAGCCCCGGAUGGGCAUGAACUCGGGAAGGCUGGUGGUGGCUUCAGGGUAGGAAGAAAAGGAAAACCCAACCCCAGGAAGCACUCACCUUGCAGGAAGCAAACCUUGUUUACAUCUUCAAGCUGAGAUGACUGAAGUUGGGGGCUACUCGCUUUAACAGCUACCUGAUAUUUCCCAGCAUCGCUAUUUCUGACUCUGUACGUGUGCACACACACGUGUGUGCACUCUCGCGCACAUUUUUUAAAUAAUUAAUUAAUUAAUUAAUUAAAACUGAUCAGCUUGAAUCAGAGCUUGUAACAGCCAGACCCCUCUGAUUCUAGCUGUGGCCCCACGGAUAGAUGAAGAGAUGAGCCCGUGGGGGAAGGGAACGGAAAUGCACCUCAAUGCAGCACCACAAGAGAAACUGUAGAUCAGUUUGUUUUCUGACUUGAAAGAUACGAGAUUGUUCAUCGGGGUGGUGGUGGUGAUGAUGAUGAUGAUCAUGAUGAUCAUGAUGAUGAUGAUUAAAAGAAAGAAAAUUUUAUAUCAAAUGUUACACUUCUGGCCCACAGAAAGACUACUUCUGAAUAGUGGUUACCUAAGCCCACAGCCCUGGUAAAGGGAUACUAGCAUCUCCCUGUGUUCUGGUUCAGGGUUCCCUCCUAACACUGUCACCAUCCCCAGAUGUCCCAGGCUAAGCCCUUCAUCUUCCAAGAGUCUGAUGCCAAGACCCUGUCAACAAUUUCACCUCCAGGAAAACCACUUGCAUUUCUCUUCUCACCUGGAGCCUGUCACUGUUACCAUCCUUAUGUUGAGCUGCAGAAAGUCACUCUGCAAAACAGAUGUAAAACUUCCCUGAAAGGUGCAUAGUUUGGGGCAAAUGCGGCUACAUCUCCCACUGCAGGAAGAUGAGCAGGGAGUUCAAACCCUCCGGUGGCCGAAGGCAAACCCAGUUAUGGUCUAUGUUUAGCCAUUGUUUAGGAAUGGAAUUUUGUUAUGAAUUAAUCAUCCCUUUAACUGAAACCCUCAGUUUUACUGUUUACAUGGUUAGAGAAACAGGGAUAUUUUUGAAUCUAAAAAUUUAAUAUACAGCAUGUGAUUUUUGAAGUUUACAUGUAAAGCCAUUUUGCAGUGUAGGGAACAUAUCGUCUGCUGUGUUUUGAGAUAUGUCUUGCAGUUGUGUUUCUGAGUGAGUGUUUUGUUCAGAGUACUUAGUAGACAGUCUAUCACAUAAAAGCAAAAGGAUUUUGUUCCUCGAGAUGUGUAUUUAUCAAUCUAGUGGGGUUUUUUUUUCUAUAAAAAAAUUAAACUCAAAAUCUGGUUAUGUAAGUUCAUUGCCCUAAACUGUGCUGAUCGUGUGUAACUGAGAUUAAAAAACAAAACAAAACAAAACAAAACAAAAACCUUCCAGCAUCAAUUAUGUAUUUUCCAACUUCCCUGCAUUCCUAAAAGGCCUCAAGUUACAGAGUCCUAGAUUUGCUUAGAGUCCAUUACCAGCUUACACGCUGUGUGGCAGCUGUGCCUUUAAAAGCCCCUGUCUCAAAUGUGAGAUGGUUUCUGUAGGCAGUUUUAGAAAGGAAAAAAAAAUCCACCCUUCAAUAAUUACAAGUCAACAAAUCCCCUGCCAGGCUGCCUUCCCAGUCACUUUCCUUUUGGCCUCUCCAGGUCCAGCUGUGCCCAACAUGUGUGGGCUGCCUUCACAGCAUCUGGAAGCCAGCAUCAGCACCAUCCGACUCCUGUGUACUGACCCGCCACAGAUGCAUUAGCGGAUGAUGCUAACUCACUGUAACAUAGUGUACACAUCUGUACCUGAUGCAUUUAAAAUAACCAGUUGACUCCGUUUCUGGGCACUGUUAACUGUGGUGUCCGAUCCAUUUGAGUGUUCUGAAGCUCUGCUGUUAACCUUUGAUCCCCAAACUUACAAACCCGAGACCCUAAAGUUAAAAAAAUGAAGGUACAUAUACAUGGUCUGAGUAACCAUUUCCUCUGUGGCCAAUCUGUAUGCUUUUAGAAGUUUACAAAAAUGCUUUGGUUUUUGUCUGUAACCAUCUCUGUCUCCAAAUAAGCUGUUUGGACAAGAGCGAGAACAGUGCUAACAGUGCGCGCUCGAGUCAUGAGCCCGGCUUUACAAAUAAAGCACUUUGAUGACUCUCUUA